CCCAAAUCGCGAAUGAACAUCGACCGUGGAAGUUGACUGCAAGUACAAAGCGCCUGCACUGAAGAAGUGUACCCAAAAAUACAUGUGAGACUCGCGCAAAAGCAGCCUCAUUUGCAGCCCAAGCAGCAGCACAAUACACACGCGCGCGCUCACCGCCUCCCCCUCUACUACAACUACUUCAACUACUUCUCACAUCAUCCUCGCGAUAAGCAUUUCUUGAAGACCAGCACCAGCAGCCGCAGCCGCAGCAUCCUGAACUCAAGCAGCGUGCUGACACUGAACCGCAUUAACUAACUUUCGCUCGCUGUGUGGCUCUGUGGCGCGUACACUCGACAUUGGCAACAUUCUGUGAAUAGAAGUAAAGGCCACAGUGCAAAAUGCCACCAAAUGCUAAAACGGAAUCAGAACCAGAGCCAGCGCCUGUCUCUGGCGCUGCGGAGCUGGAAGCGGCCAAUCAGCAGGUGGAAGAAACGACACAUCACUCCAAGUUUCGAGAACUGGGACAACAGCAGGAGCAGGCGGCAGCCGAAAGUCAAAGAAUCGCACAGGUGGAAACAACAUUAGCACCAAAGACUACAACAGAGGCUGAGGAAGCUGCCACCACCUCGGUGCCGGUGAUCAAGAAGAUUGAGCAUGCCGGCGAGGUCGUCACUGAGGCAAUUGCUGAACGCACCGGUCUGCCCACAUGGGGCGUGGUCGCGAUUAUUAUACUCGUAUUCCUCGUUGUCUUUGGCAUCAUAUUCUUUUGUGUGCGCAGAUUUCUGAAAAAGCGAAGAACCAAAGAUGGUAAGGGUAAGAAGGGUGUUGAUAUGAAAUCGGUACAGUUAUUGGGAUCGGCAUACAAAGAGAAAGUUCAGCCUGAUAUGGAGGAACUCACCGAAAAUGCCGAAGAGGGCGACGAAGAGGAUAAACAAAGCGAGCAAAAGCUGGGGCGACUCAACUUCAAGCUUGAAUACGAUUUCAAUUCUAAUAGCUUGGCCGUCACUGUCAUACAAGCCGAGGAGCUGCCUGCACUGGAUAUGGGCGGUACCUCAGAUCCCUAUGUGAAGGUUUAUCUGCUGCCAGACAAGAAAAAGAAAUUCGAAACAAAAGUGCAUCGCAAAACGCUAAAUCCAGUCUUCAAUGAAACCUUUACCUUCAAGAGUUUACCCUAUGCCGAUGCCAUGAACAAGACACUUGUGUUUGCCAUAUUUGACUUUGAUCGCUUCUCCAAACAUGACCAAAUCGGUGAGGUUAAGGUGCCGCUCUGUACCAUUGACUUGGCGCAAACGAUUGAGGAAUGGCGUGAUCUGAUUAGCGUUGAGGGCGAAGGCGGACAGGAAAAGCUUGGUGACAUUUGCUUCUCGCUGCGCUACGUGCCAACCGCCGGCAAGCUAACGGUUGUUAUCCUGGAGGCCAAGAACUUGAAGAAGAUGGACGUCGGUGGAUUGUCUGAUCCAUAUGUGAAAAUUGCAAUCAUGCAAAAUGGCAAACGUUUGAAAAAGAAGAAGACAAGUAUCAAAAAAUGCACCCUCAACCCUUACUAUAAUGAGUCGUUCUCAUUUGAAGUACCAUUUGAACAAAUACAAAAAAUCUGUCUUGUUGUUACCGUUGUGGAUUACGAUCGUAUUGGCACCUCUGAGCCCAUCGGACGCUGUAUACUUGGCUGCAUGGGCACUGGCACUGAGCUGCGCCAUUGGUCGGACAUGUUGGCCUCGCCACGUCGGCCCAUUGCUCAAUGGCACACGCUCAAGGAUCCCGAGGAAACUGACGAGAUACUAAAGAAUAUGAAAUAAAUGCUUAACGUCUAAACAACUGCAGCACAUCUCGCACGUCUGGCGUAAACCAAAGAAACACUCAAACGAACCGUCAACAUUAUUAAAACGUAUACAUCAUCAGAACUUCUCAAGAACCUCAACGGCCCACAUCAAUACCCAACAACUACAACUAAAGCAACAACAACAACAAACAAUCAAUUAAAAUAUAUCGUAGUUAUUUGCAAAUUGUUCAUUCAGCUACAGUUUAUUAACAACAAAUCAAAUACAAAUAGCUAAACUGAAACUAAUCCAAUAAUUCCACAGCUCAACUUUAAGUUUCUUGCUAAAACAAAAACAAAAAAAAUUGGCACAAACAUAAGCAAUUUCU